AACCCGAAAUGGGCCAGUUAGACAAGUUCAAGCGUCGGUUGAUACGGUCGGUGGCGUGGAUGCUGAUCCAUCAGAAGAUUCCCGAAGCAGAUGUCUGGAAAGAAAUGAAGAAGGUUAUGGGAUGCGACUGCCGCCAGUUAUGGGAGCACAUGAAGUCUCUCACACAGAAAAAAUUGAGGCGUUUACUGGUAGCUGAAGAUAAGUUCACCUGCAUACCAGAUAUAGCUCGCAUGUCGCUCACAGACUGGCAGUUGUACGACCAGGUGCUGGUACAUGAGGACCUGGACGUUAUAGGAUUGCACACAAUGGACCCCUACAAGCCUGACAAUAAGGUUCUGAUAGACCUGUUCGGGCUGGUGCAGCGAUUCGAUGUAGAGACGAAGUCGGGUGAGGAGUUGGCCGACGCGUGGACAGCGGCCACUGUUUAUUAUAAUACACAAGGACAUCAGUGCUCCCCCAUGCUGCUUCAGAAGCGAUGGUAUCAGCUAAAAUUUGAGACUCGUCGCCGGUUUUACGAAUACUGGCACUCGUACCGCGGCAACGAGAAGAUGUUGACCAAAGCCGAGCAGUACCGACCCACAAUAUUACAAAGGACUAUGGCUAGACGAUUUCCAGAGAUCAUAAUUGAAAAGUUUCCAGAUUGGGAAACUAGUAUUGAAGAAAGUCGCAUCAUUCUACCCGCCGAUUUUGAACGCAGAAAGAAUAUUAAAGUUUUACCACAACCUAAUGCCGAAAAUUCACCAGACAUAAUCGUCCUGGAACCAAACAUAGAAACAGUAGAUUUGCUGCAGGACUCUGAUUCGGACGAAGAAAACGGCCAAGAGGAUACUGAUGUUAACAAUGAUAAAGAUGAUAACAAUCCAGUCACAGAGGUAAAAGUUAAAGUUGAACCAGAAGAUUCCGAUGUAGAUUACACAGAAAACGAGGAACCGAAAAAAACUGACUUAGCUAUGGCGGGUGUGGUUGCCGAAGAAACACUUUUCGAUAACAUCGAUGAUGAUGAUAUCAUUGAAUUGACAGCAGAGGAAGACAGUAUAAAAACGAUUGCCAGCAGCUUUGAAGACGGAAUCAUCAAUGACGAAUGUACUGCCGAAGAAAAUACUGAUACAGAUGGGUCAUUUAUUCCAAAAAUAACGAACGUUUUCGGCAACGUUAAUAUGACAGACGAGACAUUGUCACUCAUAGAUAAUUUAACAAAGACCGCCCCAUGGCCUGCGAAUGUAUCUGAAAGUAAUGAAGAAAAUAAUGAUGAUGCAUCAAAUAAAGCGAAAGAAGUCAGCGAUGGGCCAGUGUGCUUGGCCAUUGAUAUUGAAGAUCCUAUCGUUGACUCCGAUGAUAAGGUUGAAGUAAUCAAUGGAAAUGUUUUAAAAGAAACACUUAUUACGGACGUAUCUCCUAUUAUAUUAAACACAGUAUCUCUCAAACUAGAUAGCGAAGCAGAUGCAGUACUAUCUAGAAUACCUGAAAAUGUUAAAUCAGUAAAGAAGGACACAAACAAAACUGAUAAUGUAGACGUUAGAACACUACAAUUCGGUAAUAUAGAUCUGUCGACAUUUGGGGAGAUUUCGGAGGAUGUCAACUUUGCUGACGAUGGAAUUGAACUCGUUGAUGAUGGCGUGGCGGAUAUUGAUCAGUCUAUAUUUAAAAUUAAAGAUGGAGAUAAUAGCGGGGUAACUGAGAAUAGCGAUGUCACUAGAAAUUCCAACGAGAGUCAAGAAUUCAAAUUGGAUGAGAAACUAUUUUUAGAUCCAGUAGUUUAUACAAAGAAAUUAAACGACAUGUGCAUAUUGAAGAAUAAAGAUGUUAAUACAAUAAAUGUUAAAACAUUAUUAAAUAAAAUAAUACUUGAAAGUAAACCGAUAAGCGACAGAAGUGUAGACGCUGAAAAGAAGCGAAUUGAGAGACAGAGAAUAUCACCAUCUAGUUACAUGUUACAGAAACCAAAAAAUCGUAAGUACAAUCCAAUACAAUUGUGUAAGAAUCCAGAUUUCAAUACAAGAUUAAAAAGGUUGACUGCUGGAUUUCUUAGUUCUUGGCAAAACAGGACUCUACUCAAAGCUUGCAAGCCACUUACCAUAGAUUUAACAAAGGCUUUUGAAUCGAAGUUAAUUAACAAUACAAUAUAUUUGAAAAAACCUGAUAAUAAUCGUAUAAUUGAAAUUGAUGAGGAUGAAAUAAAAACAACAUCUGUAAUGCCAUCCAUAAUACCGAUCCAAACUUUGAUUGAUAGUACUAGGUUGGACGAUGUUUUAAAGUUAAAAAGUGGAUAUAGCUCUGAUUCAAAUUCAGAAUCUGAGGCUACUGUUGUAGAAAGGGACAAAGUGAUCCACCCUCCGGAUAUAACGAAAGUUAGGCGAAUAAACCAACCAUUAGUAACUGCAGAAGUCAAACCUAUUCAAACUGAAAAUAUAAGUAAUAGUUUAAACUCAAAUGACGUGAAUAUGAAAACCGAACCUGACGUUAGCACAAAUGAAGAUAAUUUAAAUGCCCAGACCUCAAAAUCUGAAGUAGCUAAAGAAAGUGAGGAAGAGAACACAAGCACAGUAGGGCAAAAAGCAAGUCUUUUAGCUAAAAUGUUAGUAGCUCCAGCUCCGAGUCCAGUGUUUAAGAAACCAAUUGAAAAUACAUUGAAUAAUAGACAAAAUUCGGUAACGACUGAACUAAACAGACAAAAGAACCAAAAAAAGGCUGCCACGGGUCCAGUCAAGGGAGUCCGGCCAUGGAGGCCAUCAAGGCCUUCGUGGAUUAAAGCUUUUCCCUAUCUGGAAGUGAAACAUGAUGAUUUUCUCCUCACAAUAGAUACUCUUCAUAAAAUGUUGCAUCUGUUUCAUGGGAAAAAUAAUAAACAAUCAUAUUCAAAGUUAAAGAACAAGCAGAAAAAAAAGGUUGAAAAGAAGAAAGAUACGAAACCACCUCAGAAAGAGAAAAAGUAA